UUCUUCAAUUGGUAUAGGUGAAAUACGUAAAUAUAGGCGUGUAUAGUCAUGAGGUACCAAGUUGCAGGGCCAUCAGAAUAUCUGGUCAUCACAGGCCGUGGCAUCAAAGACGUAAAGCUCGCAAAGAAGGCGUUUAUAUGGCCACUGCAAAAGUGCACUUGCUUUGAUGUCUCCCCUAUCAACUACAUCUACGAAUUGAUAGCCAUGUCUGCCGAGAAACUCUUGUUCAAACUCCCAGCGGUAUUCACCAUUGGCCCUUAUGUCGACGACAUGCCCGCGCUCCUCCUCUAUGCCAAGCUCAUGUCCCAGCACAAGAAGAACUCCGACCAUGUCGAGAACCUUGUGCAGGGUGUCAGCGAGGGCGAGACUCGUGUUCUUGCCGCUUCGAUGACUAUGGAGGAGAUUUUCAAGGGCACUAAAAAAUUCAAGAAAGAGGUUUUUGACAAGGUCCAGCUUGAGCUCAAUAAGUUUGGCCUUCUCAUCUAUAACGCCAACAUCAAACAGCUUAUUGAUAUUAAAGGCCACGAGUACUUUUCCUAUCUAGGAAAGAAGAUACAGACGGAGACUGCCAAUCAAGCAAAGAUCGAUGUCGCUGAAGCUACAAUGAAAGGAGACGUGGGCGAGAAGCUCAGGCUGGCUGAGACGGCGCAAAAUGCAGCAAAAAUUGAUUCCGAGACUAAGAUAAUUACAACACAAAGGCUUGCAGAGAGUAAGAAGGAAGAGAUUAGGGUCAAGACAGCGUUGGCAGUCUUUGACAACCAAAACGAAGGUGACGUGCUGGAAUCGAACAAUGCGUUGGCAACAAAGAAGGCUCAGUUUGACAAGGAGACUCAACUCGCAAACGUUGAAGCUAAAAAUGCCGUUGAUAUAAGGGAGGCUGAACUGAAAACUGUGCUGGAGAAGAAGAAUGCAGAGACUCAAACCGAGAAACUAAGGGCAAAUUUGCUAAGUAAGGCUACGGUGGAUUAUGAGAUAAAGGUUCAAGAAGCAAAUUGGGCGGUUUACAAGCAACAAAGAGUAGCGGAUGCCAACUUGUACGAGGAGCAAAAGGCGGCUGAGGCGCAGAAAGCAAGUGCAGAGGGGAGUUCCUUUGCAAGACAACAAGCUGCAGAUAGCGAUCUCUACGCCAAGAGAAAAGAAGCUGAAGGAAUCAUCGCGACAGCAGACGCCGAAAGCAUAUAUUUGAACACACUCAUGAAGGAACUCGGAGGAAACUAUUUGGCAGUAAGGGAUUACCUGAUGAUAAAAAGCAACACAUUCCAAGAGAUUGCUAAGAUCAACGCGCAAGCGAUUAACGGUCUUCAACCGAAAAUUAGCCUCUGGUCACAAGGCAACAAAUUUGAUGAUCAUCAUCAGGAAUUGAAUGGUGGGCCACUCAAGGGUAUUGCAGGAGUAUAUAGUAUGUUGCCUCCAUUGCUAAAGACUGUUCAUGAGCAGACAGGGAUGCUUCCACCAGCUUGGCUUGGUUCAUUACCAGAUCAGGCCAACGAUGUUUAG